AUGCUUACUGCAGUUCCACAUAAACCACAAAAAGCUCCUGCCAAAGAGUUUACCCCUGAUAAUACCGCUGACACUGAUCAAUUAAGUCAGGAGGCUUCUGUCUAUUCUUCACCAGAACCAGUCAAUUCCUUUUCCUAUCCACAAAAUCAACUUCCAACAAUACCUCCUCCUGCAUAUCGACAAGUAAAAAAACGACGACGACUUACGGAGGAAGAAACAACCAUACUUAAUGCUGUGUUUGAAGAAAACUCAAAACCAACCCAAAAUGUACGGGUCGAUUUAGCAAAACAGCUCAAUAUGUCAUCAAGAGCAAUCCAAAAACGUAUCGAUAGACCAGGCGAGAAACAAUUUAAAAAUCAAGCCCUGAAUAAUCCAUCCGAGAGCCCGAGGGGUUUGAUUACUAAUAGACCCAAUGAAAUGUCCUUUGAAACAGCUUCAUGCCCGCCCACUUCUGAUGAAAAUACCGACGCGUUAGUCUGUCCAGCUACACCACAGGAUAUGAUGGUCAAUCAUGAUAAUUUUAGAGGAUUUACAUCGAACGAUACAGCCGAUACGUCGUUGUUAAUGUCCAAAUCCAUCAGUGAGGGGCAUAAAAAUGCUAGUCAAAUUGAAAAUGUCAACAAAGUCUGUAAGCAACGUUCACCUAACAAAAGAAAGGCGACAUGUGAAAAGUUAUUGAAGUGGAGUGAGCCGAGCAGUUACGUCAAACAUGAGAACUGCGUUCCAUCUCAAAUUUCCCUGAAUCAAUCUUUAAAAUAUCCUCAGAACUUGAUAUAUUUUUCCGAAUAUCCCCAAAUCCAACCUCUUCCAGAAAAUUAUGCCGUCGAACCCACAUACAUGCCCCCACUAUCACUAUCAUACCCGUUGUUACCGGAAAUGCCUUCUUCCAUUUCCACGUCGAUCGCACCCGUACCAUUACCCAUCAAUACUGCUUCUAUUUCUCAGAGUCUUUCGCCAUCGAUACCAACAUGUACACAUCCAAACACACACAUGUAUGCUGUCACUCCCUUAUCAUCUUGUUUGCCGUGCCAUUCCUUCUUUCCUUCACCUUAUCCGCCACCUCAGGUAUCAUCUUCUCAAGCAGUAUCUUCGUAUUGGAUUGCCGAGGACUCGAAUGCGGCAGACAUUGACUACGGUAUGGCAGGGAUCCCUCCUGGAUAUAACAACAAUAUUAAUGAAAUGUAUUAUCAGCCUUAUCAGCAUGGAAUGGAUGUCAUUGACGGUUAUGCCGCUUACGAUAGACACGAUGUAUAUAGUAGAUACAAUCAAUGCGGCGAAUAUAGUGUAAACCAAGUCAAUUUCUUUCCGCGACCUGUAUGUGCUAUCACGCCGUUUGCCGGUGCCGUAUUGGGAAUUGAUGAAAGGCAUACGUACCAAGUCGAGUGUGGAUUAGGCUAUGGACGUAUAAAUGAUGAGAUAAUUGCAAACGAAUGUGGGGUUCAGUAUGAAUAUAGAGAAUACUAUCAGGGUUAUUAA